GAGCUGGAGAUUCACCUACCUUCUCAAGGAAUACUCCCUAUACGAAACCAGACAACUCGUCUCUCAACUCGAAGAGCUGCGAACUCACUAUGGCUACAGACAUGCUGCCUCUGUCAACUAUCAUCGCCUUGUUUUUGACGCUGAGCGCUAACAUUGCGUUUGCAGGAUCUGUCUUGUUCAACUCCAAUGCGAUUAAAAACAUUCCUGGAGUAGCGAGUUCCCCUCACACCGUCAGCGUUAGCCCGGAGGAACUGACACUUGACAGUGGGACUCAGAACUUGGCCAUCGACACAUUGCAGCCUGUCCUCUGCGCUGCCGACGAAGAAUGCUCCGAGGAUGAAUACUGCCUGGUGUCUCGGCGCGCUUGCCUUCAGUGCAAGAGACGCAGAAAGAGAUGUACUCGGGACGCCAUGUGUUGCCCUGGCAAUUUCUGCAGCAACGGUCUGUGCACAGCCAAUGAUCCUGACCUUGUUCAGCACACUGGGAUUGAUGAGCUGCUGCUCCCAGGCAGUCCAGUGGAGGACAACUCGACAGUGGAGGUUCAAGCCAAAGCCACACCACACCAUGACAUCAGCCAGACUCAAAAAGGUCAUGAGGGUGACACCUGCCUGAGGUCAUCCGACUGCGCCGAGGGCUACUGCUGCGCCCGGCACUUCUGGUCGCGGAUCUGCAAGCCGGUGCUGCGCGAGGGCCAGGUGUGCACCAGGCACAAGCGCAAGGGCAGCCACGGCCUGGAGAUCUUCCAGCGGUGCGACUGCGCAGACGGGCUCUCUUGCCGGUCGCAGAGAGCCACGGAGCCGGGGCCCCACCACAACGGCAAAGCGGCCCGGAGCCUCCACACCUGCCAACGACAUUGAGUUUUGACUGUUUCAGGGAACCCGAAGCACCACCAUGCAGGCGACUGGGAAUCAAGAGCAAGGAGAGAAGAAGCCAAGCUCUUAUGGUUCCCUUUGGAUCCUUGAAGGGGACAGUCAUUU